AUGGUGCCGGGUCAUAUAACCAACAACAACAGCACCAUGGAUACCUAUACGAAUGUCGUUCAAGGCAAAGUUCUACUUUCGGAAAAGCAACUACCAAAAUUAGUUUGGAAUCAAAUCAAGAUUCUUAUCGUUUCGAACAAAGAUGAAUUUGAUAACGAACGACAUAUGUUGAUGGCAGAGACUUUGCCGAAGUUGCAACAAUAUUUUUUGACACAAGGUAUCUAUGUCAAUUUCGUUGAUUGUAAUUUAAAUUGGGAUCUCGAUCCAUUUCGAAAUCCGUAUCAUGUUGUGCGGUAUAUGAAAGAAGUUCAAGAUGCUUAUAGAACAUCGACGGGCUUGUUUUUCUUGAGUUUUGUUGGUAAUAAAUACGGUUCGAUUGUCUUGCCGAUUGAAUUAUCGACAACAGAUUUUGGCAAUAUUAAAAAUGUGGCAUCGGACUUGAAUAAAGACGUGAAAUUGCUCGAACGAUGGUAUUUACUUGAUGAUAAAUUAUCACCUCCUGCGUACAAACUCAAAGAUCCCGACGAAGAUUUUCCCAAUAUCUUAUCUCGUUCAAGUUCAACCUUCGAUACAAGUAUUCGUGAAUGUCAAGAAUGGAAUGAAAUUUACUUAAGUCUAUCUGACUUGUUCAUGAAUGUUCUUCAUGAAAAGUCGAGUUUAAAAUCGAAACACGAUUCAGCAUCAUUACGCGAGAUUCCGUUGCUUUCCGGCGUUGAAAUGCUAUUCAAUUAUGCAGCCAAACUAUCCACAUCCGGUUGCAUGUGCAUCUUUAGGCAAUUUGAUGGUUUGAAUGAGAAGAGUAAAGGUUGUGAAUCGUUUAUUGACGUACUUGCUGGUAACAAUCGCUUGGAUAAGAUUCGUCAAGAGAAGUUGAAACGUUUUCGCGAAUCGAUUGCACAGAAAUUAACCUCAACAAACGACGAUGAUCAUCGCAUUGAAGAUAAUCGAGCAGCGUUCAAUCUCUCAUGGGAAGAUAACGGAGAUUUUCAAUUCGAUGAUGUUGAUUAUCAACGUUAUUUGCGUAAUUUAAAUGCCGCGAUAUACCUUCGGAUCAAAUCGUCAUGUGAAUCUCUUUUGAAUCUCUCGAUUUCGCAUCAUCUCAAACGUCCCGAACAAAUUCUAUACAACGAAGCACUCGUUCAUCUAACAUCCUAUUCAAAGCAAGCAUCUCAUACCUGUCUAGGUAUAACCAAUUUCCUUGAAAACAACCAUUCGUUCAAACAAUGGUUGACCUCGGCGAAUACAACUGAGCAUUAUCCACUGCUGAUUGUUGGAAGUCGAGCGUCAGGGAAAACUUUGCUAUGCACGAAAAUUGCUCAAUAUUUAUUGAACACAUUAGGUACAAGUUCACAGUGUAUUAUACGGUAUUUCAAUUUAACAUCUCGCUCACGAAACCUUGUUGAAUUGUUUACAUCAAUAUGUACACAGAUGAGGACAUUACAACACGCGCCACCAUUGACAACUGAUGUCGAAUUUGAUCAGAUCGAAUAUUAUCAAUCCGUACUCGCAGUCUUAUCGAAACAUCAGAAACCCCUUAUUAUUAUCAUUGACGGCAUUGAAGAAACAGCACCAUCAAGUCAAUAUACAUCAUCUAUGUCAUAUUAUCAAGCAUUACUUCAGUUGUUACCACCGAAGGUUUAUCUAGUUCUAUCCGUUAGUCGAAACAUUCACGCUGCAUCUCAUCCCGAUAUUCAAAUUCGUGAAAUGCUCGAACGAUUAGAGAAAGACGAAUGCAUCAUUGAAUUACCAUUUUCAAUCGAAACAAUCAAUAUACGGGAUCUGACUUUAUACAUCAAAUCCGAAUUGAGUUCAAUCCAACGGAAUGUAACUGAAUCUGUUUUACAAGCUCUUUCAAAAUGUAUAUAUCAACAACUCGAUAAACAAUCGCAGAUCUUUUUCCUUCUUCGAUUGGUUUUAAAUGAAAGCUAUUUUAGUUAUAUUUCACAACAGAAAAAGAAAUUAGACCUGUCGGAGUUGAAUACUGAAGACAUUUUAGCUGCAUAUCUCGAUCACUGUGAACGAAAAUUCGGUACGAAAAUAUGUGCUUACAUAUUCAAUUAUAUCAGUUCAUGUCAAGCUGCAAUUAAUGAAAUGGAAUUAUUGGAUAUCUUAUCGUGUAACAAUGAUUUUUUACUGGAAUAUUUUCAAAAAGACUUCCCGAAAUAUCUACGCUUUCCACCAUCACUAUGGAUUGCUGUGAAAUACACGUUAGGUCCGUUACUGUCAACGAAAUAUUUUGAUUUGAAAGUUGUUCUUUGUUGGAGUCAUUCAUUUAUCCGAAGAUAUAUGAAACAAAAAUAUCUAAGGAAAGUUGAAGAUAUCCGUGUGGCGCAUCGAGAUAUCGCCAAUUAUUUCCUCGAGGCUUUUAUUGAAUCGAAACCAUUAAUUGAAAUGACACGAAACAUUCAAGUCCGAGGCGAUAAUGGCCGUCGGUUUGUUCUACAACAGCCACUUCUCUACUCGGAAACAGCAUACAAUUAUCGACGUUUAGGUGAAUUAUGGUAUCAACUAAUGCAUUCCGGCGACAUUGAUCGUUUAAAAGAAUUAACCUUGUGCUGUUUCGAGUAUCUGUUAGCUAAAAUUCAUAGUUCAUCUAUUGAACAACUACUAUGGGAAAUUGAUGUGGUGUGUAGUAAUAUCCUAGAUGCUGAUGUUCUUCUCAUUCAAACAAUUCUAAAAAACGUCGUUCAUAUUGUUUCACGUGAGCCGAUUCUCUUAGCAGGAGAAAUUAUUUUACGGUUGAAAAAUAUCAAACAAUUUUAUAAUGAGCACAUCGAGAUCUUAUUUUCUCAAGCUCACGAUUGGUGUGAAACAUCUAUUGCAUCAGUUUUCGUUCCAUUAUCUUCAUGGAUAACGAUGAUUCCACCGAUGACGAUCACAGUUCUACCGUGUGCCGAAGGAGCAUUCAGAAUAGUACCAACAACAUACAAUCAACACGUGUUUUGUACAACGAAUUCGCACGAAAUCACUAUGCAUCAUAUACCGUCGAAGAAACUAGUGAAGACAUUUACUGGUCAUACAUCGACAAUUACAUCUAUACAGUUGACACAUAAUAAUAAGCAUCUAGUCUCAUCAUCGAAAGAUCGCACGAUUAAAGUGUUUAAUCUAAAUUCUGGUGAAUUACAAAGUAAUUAUAGUGUACAUCAUGAUGAAAUCCUUUGUAUGGUUGUGUCGCACAACAACGAACAAAUCGUGACAGGAUCUCGUGAUCGACUUAUAAUUGUUAUGCGUUUGGAAACAGGAGAAGUGGAACAUUCAAUCGAACAGCAUACAGACGCUGUAACUGCAGUUGCAUUAACACACGAUGAUGGUUUAUUAAUUACAGCAUCACGUGAUCAAACGAUCAAACGAUGGACAUUUCAUGGUAUGCAAUUACUCGAUGUUAUCGACACGAUUGGCUCACCUAUAGUUCACAUGAUUAUUUCAUCUGAUGAUACAUUUAUUCUACUUUCAUGUGAUAACAAUACAGUUCAAGUGAAAUCGGUUGUAACAGGAAGUGAUAUACAUCAUCUUGAAGGACAUACAUCUGCAGUGACAAGUCUCUCGAUCGCAAACGACUCCAUUUGUUGUUAUGUCGGCUGUACUAAUGGACAUAUUUAUGUUUAUAAUCUACGUUCACAAGUCCUUCUUCGGACAUUAACACAUCAUAAUUCACCUGUAACUAGUCUAUAUGUUUCCGCCGAUGACUACUUCCUCUUUUCAGCAGCUGAAAAUUCAAUUCAUGUGUUGAAUGUUAAACAACAAUCAAACGGUUUUCAAAACGAAGAUCCUUUAACUAUCACAGAUUGCAUUACAGCAUUAUCAAUCUCACGCGAAGGUGAUGCCGCCAUUGUCGGUUGUGCAGCUGGUAGUGUACGGUUGUUCAAUUUGACGGAUGGUGAAUUUACUGAACGUACUACGGAUCAUACAGGACCUGUGACACAAGUAGCAUUGGCACAUUCAUAUUUAUUUUCAUUAUCAGGCUCAAAAGAUACGACCGUUAAAGUUUAUGAUAAUGAAUUGGGAGAGAUUGUUGCCGAAUUUACAGAGCAUUCAGCAGCAAUAACUCAUGUCAGAAUUUUGGAAGACAAUCGAAAGAUUUUAUCGAGUGAUGACCAAAAUUAUAUUAAAACAUGGUGGGCAAACACAGGCGAAUUGAUUGAUUCAUUUAAUGUCCCAUGCAAAAUGUUAGGUGUAUCUCCAGAUGGCAAAUAUGUCGUAUCUGGUCAUGGUGAUAAUAUUUUGAAAAUUUGGUCAUUGGAUGAUGCCCGUGUCGUGCGGUCGAUUGAUCAUACAGAAGGAAAAAUAACUUGUAUGGCAUUUCGAGCUGAUUCACAAUAUUUAAUUACAGGUGGAGAAGAUUGUAGUUGUAAACUAUGGGAAUUGUCAUCAGGCAAAUUAACACAAGUACUCGUUGAACAUGAAAAAUCCAUUUCAGCUGUUGCAAUUAGUGAAGAUGGAAAACAUGUUCUAACUGGUGACAGCGACGGUCAAGCUUUACUAUGGUCAUUCAAAGAUGGUGCUGUUGUACAUAAAUUCACACGACAUAAAACUGCUAUUGUUGCUGUUGCAUUCGCCAAUGAUAGUAACAUUGCAAUAACUGCUUCUCAAGAUGGUUUUCUUGCAGCAUGGUCAACACUAUCUGGUAUAUCACUCGCAGCAUUUCAUUUCAAUCACACUCUUGUCAAGUUACUCGUAUCAGAAAGUGGAACACGUUAUGCAGCUAUUCUACAAAAUACACCUUGUGUAGCGAUGCUAAGUCUUCACAAUAUUCUGCCAUGUGAUACAUCCAAGAUGUCACAACGCCAGUAUCCAUCAUUUUCUGAUCCAUACAAUGUUUUGUUACCGAUCAAACCCAAGCCUCUGCUAUAUAAAGAUUCCACAUUACUUUCCGACUCUAAUCAAAAUUUAAAAUUCAAUCAAACAACAACUGACUCGAUUCAAGAUUCCAUCGUGAAAUUUAAUAUCAAUUUCCAUCGAAUUUAUCCAUGGGUUUUAUUUCCAUUUGGCUUUAUUGGUUCAUUGUUAACAAUCUUGAUCUUUACCAGAAAGAAAUUCCAAAAAUUCGGCUGUUCGAUUCUGUUCGUAGCGAAAAGUUUCAUGGAUUUAGUUUUGAUUACAUUGAAUUGUCUUCGUCUGAUCAUUCGUUACUCCUUUCACUCCUAUUUUGUCCAACGGUCAAUAAUCUUAUGUCGAACAUAUAAAUUUCUUACGAGUUAUUUCUCGCAUUGCGCUGUUUGGAUCCUUUGUGUGAUAUCACUUGAACGUGCGGCAGUAACAAAACGUUAUGUUUGGAAUCAGUACGUCUUCAGUCGAAAACAUUCCUAUUGUACGUUAGUUCUUAUUUAUUUCAUCUUAUUCCUUUUGAAUCUUCAUUAUUUACUAUUCUUUGGAUCUAAAGAAGACAAAGUCAACGGAAUGAAAUUCAAUCGAAGUUUGGUGAUGUGUAGUUCAAACGCGAAUCGACUAUUGGCGAGAAGAUACGAAUCAUUUUUGACUUAUUACUUCUCUUGGAUGGACUUUUUCAUCAAUUCAUUAAUACCAUUUCUAAUCAUCUUAAUCGCAAAUACGAAUGUCUUGUAUUCCGUUUGUAAAUCACAUUUAUUAAUGAGAAAAUUGGGAAUGAGACACACGCGUUCACCACGUGAUAAUCAAUUGGCAUACAUUCUAUUCGUUUCGACCUUUCUCUUUGUUCUCUUGACAUUUCCUUUGAGAAUCUUCUCAGUCAUCGAACCGUAUUUGAAUUAUGAACAGAAGUAUUUAGUUCUAUUGAAUGGCAUGAUGAGAUUUUUAUUAUAUCUUGAUCAUGGCUUUGGAUUUUACUUGUAUACAUUUACUGGCGAAUUGUUUCGUCGAGAACUACGUAAAAUUCUCUGUCUGUGUCUGUAUAAAAUCUUUCGGCGCAGAUAUUUCAAUUGGACAUAUGUCGAGACAAGACGUCAAAGUGAAUUAAGUUACUCGAAUGGUGGAGCUGGUGGUUGUUCACAUGUUCAUCAUCAAUCUCCGCAUGGAAACAUUCAACUCAGAGACUCCAUAAGCAGUUGCACCAGUGCAGCAGUUAAAUCUUCUUCGCAUUCGUUACAAACGUACAAAACCUCCACGCACACGAGUUAUCAUCAAUGCAUUUAUGCUAAACCUCUUUUAGUAAACACAUUGUCAGCAUCGUCAGCACGUUCAAGACUUAACCCACAAGAAGAAAAAGCCAAUACAUUCGUUCUAGAACAGAAACCUGUCCUUAUGAUCUCGAUCGGAAGAGUGAUAUUGUUUAGACCAGAUCCAUUGAGUAAAUCACAAAGUAAAGAAUUUCUGAAGAAAAAACAACGUGGCCGGGCGAAAAAGAACAGUAUCGGGGGCGGUGCUGGUGUAAGCACAGGUGGUCCAACUUUAAGCAAUGCAGCUGUGACAAAAUUAGUUGCACUACAGACAUCUCAAGGCAAUGGCAAUGGUUUAUUCAAUAGUGGUGAAGAUCCGGCUGUUGUUGUUAUCAAUCCUCAUCCACCAACAUCCAAUUCAACAAGAGAAAAACGUACAAAAAUCUGUUGUCUAUUGUAA